ACUCUCUCCUCAAUCCUCAUCUAUUUUACUGUACAUCACGAUAAACACACACACACACACACUAACUGCAAAUUACUUCUACUAGUAGUAUAAUAUUCCUUCACACUAAUAGAAUAGUUGAUUUCCUAUUUAAAUAUAAUUAUAAUUUGAAAACCAAUAGCUAUUGCGUUCACAAUCAUAUUCAUAUUCUCUUUCUGCUGCCCCUCCUUCUUCAGCAUGUAAUAAAAAUGGAGUCUUGAUUCUUGAAUAAGCUUAAUUUAGUCUCACUUGCUUGAAGAGAGAGAGAGGGCUGCUGCUUCUUGUUGAGCUUAAGCUUAUUCUAAUUGUGGGCUCUUUCUCCUCUCCAAUAAAAGCCAACGAUGAUGAAUUCUACGUCCACGCAAUUCGUUCCAUCAAGACGGAUGGGGAUAUACGAGCCAAUCCAUCAAAUGAGUAUGUGGGGAGAUUUUAAAGGUACAAACUGUCUCGAUGCAUCCCCACCGAUGAUUCUGGAGGUCGACCCCAAACUAGACAAUCAGUCAGAGGAUACUUCACAUGGAACCGUUGGACAUUCGAAUAAAUACGACCAAGAAGCAAGUAAACCACCGGAUAAGGUAUUGAGGCGUCUAGCACAGAACCGUGAGGCUGCUCGUAAAAGUCGUCUAAGGAAAAAGGCCUAUGUUCAGCAGUUAGAAAGCAGUAAACUAAGACUAAUUCAGUUAGAGCAAGAGCUUGGCCGAGCCCGGCAACAGGGGAUGUACACUGGAAGUGCUUUAGACGCUAGUCCGCUAUCUUAUGCUGGCAGUAUGAAUCCAGGCAUUGCUACGUUCGAACUCGAGUAUGGACACUGGGUGGAAGAGCAAGAUAGGCAGCUAGCUGAUCUGAGGAAUGCUUUGAAUUCGCCAGAAAUGGGAGAUGUGGAGCUGCGAAUAUUCGUUGACGGAGGACUUAGGCACUAUUUCGAUCUUUUCAAAAUGAAAGCCACAGCUGCGAAGAUCGAUGUUUUCUAUCUCAUGUCUGGCAUGUGGAAAACCUCGGGCGAGCGCUUUUUCUUCUGGAUUGGCGGAUUUCGGCCUUCUGAGCUUCUAAAGGUUCUGUUACCACAUUUGGAGCCGUUAACCGAGCAACAACGUCUGGAUCUUGGAAAUCUCGCGCAAUCGUGUCAGCAAGCAGAAGACGCGUUAUCACAGGGGAUGGACCGGCUCCACCAAAUUCUCGGGGCAGCAAUAGCCAAACAGCUCGGUGAAGGGAAUUACCUCCCGCAGGUCGGUGCUGCCAUCGAGAAGUUGGAUGAUCUGGUCAGGUUCGUCGGCCAGGCAGACCAUCUGAGGCAGGAAACUCUGCAGCAGAUUUCGCGGAUCCUGACCACCCGGCAGGCAGCUCGGGGGCUUCUUGCGUUGGGCGAGUACUUUCAACGUCUCCGGGCGUUGAGCUCGCUUUGGUCGUCGCGGCCUCGUGAGUCGUCGUAGUUUGCCGGAGCUGUCAUCACCUAUGUGGUGGUGUGUAUAUUUAGCUAGCGUAAUGUUUGUGUGCACAUUUUUGGUAUGCUUCCUGUGAUAGAAGAUUUGUAAAUAUAAUUAGAUGAUUUAUCAGGAGGAAGUGUGUGUCACAUUAAUUUUUUUUGCUUAUGAGUAUAAUUUUUGUUUUGUUUAAAGGUAUAUUUAUGUCUGGAAUUCAGUAUGUAAAUUUAGAGUGUAAAAUAAAGCAACUUCAUUUUACA